UGGGGCGGUGCCAGCCCAGUGACGUCAUCUUCGGCCGCGGCGCCCGUGUCUCGGCCCCGCGCCCCGAGCGGCCCUGCGAUGCCGCCCAAGAAGCAGCAGCAGCCGGCGGCGGGCAGCAAGAAGGCGGACCAGAAGAAGAAGGAGAAGAUCAUAGAGGACAAGACAUUUGGCUUAAAGAAUAAAAAAGGUGCAAAACAACAGAAAUUUAUCAAGGCAGUGACUCACCAGGUUAAAUUUGGUCAGCAGAAUCCACGCCAGGCUGCCCAAACGGAAAGUGAGAAGAAAUUAAAAAAAGAAGAUAAGAAAAAAGAACUGCAAGAAUUAAAUGAACUCUUCAAGCCUGUUGUUGCUGCACAGAAAAUCAGCAAAGGUGCUGACCCCAAAUCUGUAGUGUGUGCUUUCUUCAAGCAAGGCCAGUGCACUAAAGGAGACAAGUGCAAGUUUUCUCAUGAUUUGUCUUUGGAAAGAAAGGGUGAAAAACGAAGCGUCUACAUUGAUGCACGAGAUGAAGACCUGGAAAAAGAUACGAUGGAUAACUGGGAUGAGAAGAAGCUGGAAGAAGUGGUGAACAAGAAGCAUGGUGAGGCGGAAAAGAAAAAGCCCAAAACUCAAAUAGUCUGCAAAUACUUCCUUGACGCUAUUGAAAACAACAAGUACGGAUGGUUCUGGGUCUGUCCAGGUGGAGGAGACAACUGCAUGUACCGCCACGCUCUCCCUCCAGGGUUUGUAUUGAAAAAAGACAAAAAGAAGGAGGAGAAGCAGGAUGAAAUUUCUUUAGAAGACCUAAUAGAAAAAGAGCGUGCUGCCUUAGGACCAAAUGUCACCAAAAUUACUCUAGAGUGCUUUAUUGCAUGGAAGAGAAGAAAAAGACAAGAGAAAAUUGAUAAGGCUGAGCAAGAUAUGGAGAGGAGGAAAGCAGAUUUCAAAGCCGGCAAAGCAUUGGUGAUCAGUGGGCGUGAAGUGUUUGAGUUCCGACCAGAGCUGGUUGAUGCGGAUGAUGAGGAAGCAGAUGACACUCGUUAUGUUCAAGGAACGGGAGAAGAUGAUGAGACUGAAGACCCUGUGUGCAUCAACGAUGUCGAUUUGAGCCAGUAUGUCCCAAAGGCAGUGGAUGAGACUGGCAUCACUGUGGCGAGCCCCGAGCGAUUCAGCACUUACAGUUCAACAGAAAAAGAUGAUAACAAGUUAAGUGAAGCUUCUGGUGGUGACGUGAACAGCAGUGAGCAAAACGACUUGGAGGAGGAUAAUGAUGGAGAUGGGGAGCUGGAAAAUGGAGUAAUCGAUGCAGUUCCAGUCGACGAAAAUCUUUUUACUGGAGAGGACUUGGACGAACUAGAAGAAGAACUAAACACUCUCGAUUUAGAAGAAUGAACCGAAAAGCUCAAGUGAGGAUUAAAUCUAUGUGGCAAAGUGAAAACUGACUGUGCUUUUUCUCCUUUUUGAAUAGAAUUCUUAAGCGGGGUGUUGAUGGGUACCCAGGUGAUUUCGAUGGGCACCUCACAUGGCAGGAGUAUUUCCUUUCAAUCUCAUCUACUCAGUCUUGACUCUGCUUACAGUAAAGUAUACAGAGUAGUUCAGAAUUACCCAACAGGUGAAUUGGCAGAAAAUGAGGUUAUAACUUUCAACUGAAAGUAGGAAGUCUGACAGCUUUGCCAGUGUGGAGGUGAGCAGUUUAACACCAGGUUCAGCAAUCAAAAUAUACAUCCUUCACCAGAAAAGCAUUUUUAUCAGUGAUUGUGUUGAUUUAGAAGCUGCCGGGCAUGUUCCUAGGCUAUGUGCUCCAAUGGGGCUGCUGCCGAUCUUGCUGCUUUAGGUGGUGAUUAGCUUUAUUUGAUCAGCUGGAUACUGCAGGUGCAGAUUGUAAACUGAUACAACACAACGUGGUGCCCUCUGUCUAAAAUGUUUUAAACUUUCCCACUGCCUUUUGCCAAUAAAACUGUAAAUAAAAACUAUCACCUUUGAAAGACCCGUGUUUUUCCUCUGUUACUGAGCUGUAAAUAGCUUCCUUUUCUAACACAGCGAUAAGUGUUUUUCUCUCCUGUCCUGGUACAGAAGGGAUGAUGUUGGCUUCAGUUAAAUUAAAGAUAACUGCUAUUGCAUCUGUUUUUCUACGCCUCGCGCAGUGUAAGAUUCAGCAGCUGACUUCACCCUCUGCUGUUUUUAUCCCUUGCCCACCCAUUCGCUGGUUUACUACGUGCUCCACAUCGCUCAUUGUUAUUUGAGUUGCAUUCUCUACCCACUGCAUUUUUGUGUGAUAGCAAAGCACUCGAGCUCUGCAGAGCAAGGAUGUUACACACUGAAAGCUACUGGUCCUGACUCUGGCACAUAAAUACCAUGCAGUGGUCGGUGGCUUCAGAACAGAGCGUGUCGUUCCCUGCUGGUGGUGCUUGCUGCCAGGUUUAAAUUAAGCCACCCUUGCCAGGACGAUUUCUCAGCAGUGGCGCUUUCCCAGGGCGCUGGGGCUGCGCCUCCUUACCAUGCUCCUGGCAGCAUCUGCAGCAGGAUUGCUGUGCUGACAAUACCAUCUGUAUUGAUUGUUCUAAAGCUUUUAUCUUGCUAUUUGGAGAGCACUGAGACUGGUGGCAUUGCUAGUGAGCUUCUCGAACUGCUUUUGGGUGGUGAUAUUGGCUUUAAUGGUUAUUUCUGGUACUGCUCAAUUGACUCUUAUCUUGAAUGCUGUUUCUAAAAUAGCCAACUUUGACAUUUUUUGCC